UCCGCCCCGCUGAGCAAAAUCCCUUUUUCCCAGUUAUGCAGCCGCGGCUGGCUUUUCCAAUUUUCCUCUUUUCAAAACAAGCCCAUCAUUAAAGAUGGAGCUGCAUUUGAUUUCGCUUGCAUUAGGCCUCCUGCUCCUCGUGCCAGUCGCUCUGAAGAUUCUUUUCCCGUAUCUGUGGCUGGACGUCUUAUUUUUCGUGGACAUUAUGAGGAUUUUCGUCGCUUUUGUCUCGCGGCGCAGAAAGAAACCAGCGUUUUUCGCCUUGGACCGCUUCUUAGAGCAGGUCGCCGCCGUGCCAGAUAAGUCCUUCAUGGUGUUCGGAGAUGAGCGCUACACGUUCGCGCUCGUGGACGAGCAGAGCAACAGGAUUGCGAACGCGCUGCGGGCGCACCCCGGGUACACGCCGGGGGACACCGUGGCGCUCUUCAUGGGGAACGAACCCGCCUUCGUCACCACUUGGCUGGCUCUGGCGAAGCUGGGCUCUCCUGUUGCGCUCCUCAACUCCAACAUCCGCAGCAAAUCUCUGCUGCACUGCUUCAACUGCUGCAGGGCUACAGUCCUGAUAGCAGCCUCAGAGCUGAGGAAUGCAGUUGAGGAGGUGUUGUCCUUUCUGACAGAGCGGGGAACCACCAUCCUGCUGAUGAGCAAAGACUGUGACACACCUGGGAUCCAAGGCUUUUCUGCUCAAGUGGAAGAGGCCUCAGACACUCCGAUCCCUCGAUCCCUCAGAUCACACAUCACCUUCAAAAGCCCUGCUGUUUACAUCUACACAUCUGGAACCACAGGCCUCCCCAAGGCAGCUGUCCUCAACCAGAACCGCCUCUUAUCGGCUUUGGCUGUUUUAUCUUCAAACGGUAUAACAUCAAAAGACAUCUUCUACCUUAACCUGCCUUUGUACCAUACAGCAGGGUUUAUUGUGGGCUUUAUCGGCUGCAUUGAAACAGGGUCGACUAUCAUUCUCAAGAAGAAGUUUUCUGCCUCUCAGUUUUGGGAUGACUGCAGGAAACACAACGUGACUGUUAUCCAGUACAUUGGAGAGGUGAUGCGCUACCUUUGUAGCACGCCAAAGAAGGAUAACGACAAAGAGCAUAAAGUCCGACUGGCCAUUGGGAACGGCAUCAGAGCGGAGGUGUGGCGAGAGUUUCUCAACCGAUUUGGGAACAUUCAGAUUCGAGAGUUUUAUGCCUCCACCGAGGGAAAUGUGGGAUUCGUGAACUAUGCGGGGAAAAUUGGAGCUGUUGGAAGAGUCAACUUUUUCUAUAGGAAACUGUUUCCAUACACUCUUAUAAAGUACGAUACAGAGCGAGAUGAACCCGUGCGAGAUGCUAACGGCCUUUGCGUUAAGGCACUCAAAGGUGAAACUGGACUGCUCGUAUCAAAGAUAACAGACAUCGCUCCGUUUCUUGGCUACGUCCAAAACGAGGAGCAAAAUGAGAGGAAAAGACUUCGGAAUGUCCUGAAGAAAGGAGACCUUUACUUUAACACAGGAGACUUGUUGAAGAUUGAUCACGACAACUUUAUUUAUUUCCAGGAUCGUGUUGGUGACACUUUCAGGUGGAAAGGUGAGAAUGUAGCAACAACGGAGGUUUCUGAUAUCUUGACGCUGAGUGGCUGUCUGCAGGAAGCCAACGUUUACGGAGUCCAGGUGCCAGGGCACGAGGGGCGUAUAGGUAUGGCAGCAGCUACACUGAAGAAAGAUGUUAAAUUUGACGGGAGGAGGAUGUAUCAGCAUGUGGUCAGCUACCUGCCGUCAUAUGCACGACCUCGCUUCAUAAGGAUACAGGAUGCGAUGGAAGUAACAGGGACUUUUAAGCAGAUGAAAGUCAAGUUAAUGGAGCAGGGCUUCAAUCCAGGAAGUGUCCAGGACCCUCUUUACAUCCUGGAUGAUCGCGCUGAGAGCUACAUGCUGCUGACUGCUGAGAUUUACAAAUCUAUUAUGUCAGGAAGCAUUAAACUCUAAACAGGUUGUCCAGCCGCUCAGACUUCUCAGUCUGAAAGUGUGUUAAAAUAAUCCUCUUCCAGCUCAGGGACACGACAACAAAAAUACACAGACUUAGGGAUCAGGUGAGUGUGGCAGUGGCAUGUCAGCAUCCAUGUCAGUGAAUGAAAUCCAACUUAAAGGAAAAGGUUAACCCCUCUUUCAUCACUUUCUGGAUGUUAAAGCAAGUGGCCUUAUAAAUGCUGUAUUUACUAGCAUUAUUGGUGCUUAGAGCGCCAACAUCAGUUUGUUACUGGUAAUGACAGUGAAACUGUUUGGAGUAUUUGCAUCCCAGGAAAGCAAAGGUGCCCGUAUGAGUAAAUUAUGUAAUUACCGAUAAUAGGACAUUCACAGUAUUUCUUUUUAGAACAGAGGCAAAGCUUUUAUCACUUUGUCUCAGAUACUGCUCAGUUGCAGUUCAAGUUGUCACUUGCAUACAAUGCAUUUUAAGGAAAAAGCUUAUUAAAUAUAUGAAUAUAAUACAUCUUUAUCUUUUUUUUUCUAUAAAUUAAAAUGAUUUUUAAAGUAAA